CACACACACACACACACAUACACCAUCCCAUCUCCUCGUAGCCGGUCGACUGCCGAUUAGCCCAAGAGGCAGAGAGAAGAAAGGCCCCAUGGACGUUGCCAAGGAGCUGGCCCAGGCGGUGGGCGCCGGCGCUGGCGUGUCAUCGAACUACUCGCGCGAGUUCACCGAGCUCAUUCGGGCCGUCAGCGAUGCCCAAUCGAAGGAGGAGGAGGAGUCCCUGCUCAAGACCGAGUUCAAGCGCCUGUCCAGCAAGAUGUCCGAGCCGAAUGUGUCCGACAAAGCCAUGCGCGAGUACCUCCUGCGCGUGGUGUUCCUGGAGAUGCUCGGCCUGCCGGCCACCUUCGGCCACAUCCACGCGGUGAACCUGGCCCAGAAGGCGCAGACCGUGUCCGAGAAGCGCGUGGCCUACCUGGCCGUGCGGCUGCUGCUGCACCGCGGCCACGAGCUCUGCAUCAUGCUCAUCCAGACCAUCCUCCGGGACCUGCAAUCGGGCAACGCGCUGGAAAUCUCCUACGCCCUGUCGACGGCCAGCGCGCUGGUCACGCGAGAGCUCCUGCCCGCCUUGUAUGCGCCGGUGGUCGGGCACCUGACCCAUGGGAAGGAGCUUGUGCGCAAGAAGGCCCUCCAGUGCUUGCGCAGCUUCCUGGCCGAGGAGCCGGACCUGGUGCAGCAGUAUCCGCAGCUGGUGGAGCAACAGCUCCCGGCGGCCCUGCAGGACCGGGACUUCGGCGUGGUGGCCGCCGCACUGAGCCUGUAUGAUGAGCUGCUGACGCGGGGGGCCGCGCGGGCGGUCCCGGCCGCGGCUCUGGUCCCGGGGCUGGCCCGGGCCGGGGCCCCGGGCGACGGGCCGGCCGGCGUGGCCGCCGCCGCAGCCGCCGUCCGCGAGGCCUUCCCCCUGCCCUCGCCGGCGGAGAUGGCCGAAUGGCGCACGCGCCUGGUUCCGCCGCUGGUCGAGCUGCAGGGGCGCUUCCUGAAGCAGCGCAUCACCGGCUCCCGGGGCUAUGAGUACAGCGGCGUCUUUGCUCCCUGGUACCAGGUGCAGGUGCUGAAGCUGCUGGCCCUGCUGGGCGCCGACUCGCGCGAUGCCAGUGAGAAGAUGUUCCCCAUCCUGUUGCAGACGCUGCAUGUGGUCGGCAACGGGGUGGACGCCGCGUAUGCCGUCCUCUAUGAGGCCAUCCGCUGCAUUGCCCUGAUCUACCCCCAUCCGAAGCUCUUCGAGUGCGCGGCCGAGGCCCUCGGGCGCUUCCUCAACUCCAGCAACCACAACCUCAAGCACCUGGGCAUUGCCAGCCUGGCGGAGCUGGCCCGGGCGGAUCCCUCCUUCGCGCAUCCGCACCAGGUGGCCGUGCUCGAGUGCCUGGAGUCCGGCGACCAGACCCUGGCCAAGCGGUCGCUGGCCCUGCUGGCACGCGUGUCCAACGUCAACAAUGUGGAGGUGGUUGUCGCGCGGAUGAUCCGCUUCCUGCGCACCGGGUCCCUGAGCCCCGGGGAGGAGGGCCGCCGCGAGCUGGUGGCCCAGAUCGUCGAUCUGUCCGAGCGGUUUGCUCCCUCGCACGAGUGGUACAUCGGCACCAUGGUCCAACUGUUCGAGGUGGCCGGCGACCUGGUGGACGCUCGCGUGGCCGAGAACAUCAUGCUCCUGAUCGCCGAGACCGGCGGCGAGGAGGACGAGGACGAGGGGGACGACGCGUCGGAGCCCGGCGCCGGGCUGCUGCGCGUCCAUGCGGUCCUCAGCCUGGCGCGUCUUCUCCGGCGCCUGGUGGCCAAUGAGGAGGGCGACUCGAUCGGGGACGACGACCCGGCUGCCUGCCCCAUGGCCGCCCCCCUCAGCGUGGAGACCAUUCCCCGGAUGUUGCUGUUCAUGAUUUGCUGGGUCAUCGGCGAGUAUGGGUAUGUCCUGGCCGAUCCGGCGGCCCAGGCGCACCUUUCCCCGGGCGAUGUGGCCGCCUUCCACGGGGCGGCCCUGCUGGACAUGGCGGCCCGCCUGCUGUCCCAGCCGCUUCUCUCUCCGGCCGGCCGCGCCUGGGCCGUGACCAUGUGCAUGAAGCUGCUCGUGCACCAGGCCGAGACCGGGCCGAUUUCCAUCCCGGCCACGGUGGAGCACGCCGUGGGCCGCCUGCUGGCGCACCAUGCCCCCGGGAAUCGGGAUCUGCUGCAGCGUCUGCUGGAGCUCCGCGCGCUGUUGGUCAGCGCGCCGGCCGUCAAGUACGCCUCCGGCACCGUGGACACUGGUGCCAGUGGCGCCGGCAGCCUGGCCGGCGACCUGCUGGGGCUGGAUUUGGCCGAGGCCCGGUGGGGCGCGGUUGCCAGCUCGGCCGGGGGGGGGGCCGGGUCCGACGCGGAGCCGCCGCACCCGGCCUCGGUCCGGGCCCUGCUGCUGCCGCGCGACGCCAGCUCCGAGGAAUUUGACAUCGACCCGUCGCUCGGGUUCCUGGACGCCUUCGUGCAGGAGCGCGCCUCGCGCCCGGCCCUGUCCACCGUGUCCAUGGUCCGGCGCCGGGUGGCCGGCACCGAGUUGGGGGGGGGCUCCGGCGCGGCCACCACGGCCGGCGGCUCGGGGCCCCGGUCGGGCAUCCGCUUCGAAGCGUACGCGGCCCCGGUGCUGCCGGUGCCGACGAUGGCCACGGGCUUGGGCUCGGCCUGGCCGGGCGCCAGUGGCACUGGCAGCGCCGGGGCGCCGGCCGGCACGCCGGCCAGCCUGCCCGGCACCGCCCCCGCCGUCCACUCCCUCAACCUGGCGGCCCUGUCCGGGAACAUGGACCUGCCGACGUCGCUGGCGGAUGCCGGGCCGGCCGGCGCCGUGUCAGCCGGCGCCCCGGUGGACCUGGCCGGCGCCAAGGCCAAGCAGCGCUGGGGCCGCACCGGGUACCAGGGUCGCGGCGACGCGGCCCCCGGCCCGGCCGCCCCUGCCGCCUCCAAUACCCCGCCGGAUGUGACGACCUCGCCCGCCAGCCGGCAUCCCUCCUCUUUGGACUUCGCCGGGCUGACGGCCACGGCAGCGGCCCCGACGGCCGGGAUGGCCCCGGGGGCCGAGGCGGCGGAUCGCGCACGCGCCCCGGCCUCCGCGUCGGUUCCCGCCCCGCGCGGGCCCUCGGCCGAGGAGCGCGCCGCGGCGGCUCUCUUCGCCGGGGUGUCCUCGCGGCCGGGGGCCGUCUCCCAGCCGGCCACCCCCUCGCUGCUGGAUGCCCUGUCAUCGCCGGCAAGCCCGGCCCCGGCCAGCGCCUCGGCCGACCUGCUGCUGCUGGGCUUGGCGGGGGCCGGGGCGUCGGCCGCGGCUCCCCGGCCGCUGGACGACGCGGACCCCUGGGCCCCGGUGGCCGGGUUGCCGGGGGCCUUCUGCUGCCGGGUGCCAUCGGCCGGCGACACGGCCGGCGGGUCGCCGCUGCGCCUGGCCGUGGCCCUGCCAGCUGGCAUGUCGCCGGCCGACAUUGUCUUCUCCACCAGCAGCCCGAUCUUCGGCGUUCGGACGCAGCCCCUGCCGGCUGCCGGGCCGAAUGUCCUUGUGGCGGGGGCUGUCCUGCAGACGCCACUCGCGGCGCUGCCGCCGCCGCAUGCCACCGUGCGCAUUACCCUGCGCGUCCCCGGGGUCGAGGCCCCGAUCUCCCUGGGCGAGGCACCGUUGGAGGAGCUGCCCGGCGGUGUGGCAGGCACCCUGCUGCCGUUCCUUUCGAAUCCCGGCUCCGCCGGGACGGUGGCCACCACGGCCGACUUCGGCCAGUUGUGGGUUCGGCUGCCGCAUGAGGCCAGCUCCCCGCGGCAGGGGCUCCCGGCCGCGGGGCCCGGGGCCCGGCCCCCGGCCGAAGAGGUGGCCGAGGGGGCCCUGCUGGCCGGGCACCUGCGUCUGGUCGAGCGCAUUGGCACCGAGCUGAUCAUGGCCGGCCGGGUGGCCGCCACGGCUGCCGGCGCGGCCGACAUGCUGGCCCACUUGCGCUUCUUCCCGGACCAGACCUUCAAGGUGACGGUCCGCGUGCCGGCCGGCCUGGCGGCCGAUGCGUCCCUCGGCGGCCAGGUCGCCGAACAUCUGGCUCACGCGGUGGCGGCCCUGGUUACGCGGGGCCUCGCCCCGGGCCCGGGCAAGAAGCAGCCCGGCCUGGCCACCGCCCCGGGCCCGGGGGCGCCCGCCGCAUCGCCCGACAUCGGCAUGCUGCUGGAUCUCUGACGAGCGCGAGGGCCCGGGCGCCCGGGGGGCCAGACGUGGGCCGCGCUCGCGGCCCGGGCGCACCCACCUGAAGUGCCAUCGCGCUGUUGGUCCCCCCCCCCCCCCCCCCCC